UGGUGUUGUUUAGCCCGCUUCUGUUUGUGCGGGCUUGUUCUUCUGUAUUUGUGAGAGGUGUUAGUGUUUUGUUGGGUUUUCUCGCUGUCCUGGUAUUUUUUUUAAUAACCUAAGGGUACUUAUUGUAGUAAUAGUUACGCCUGUGUUGGGUAUAACUAUUUUGUUCUGUUUGAUUUUGGACAUUAAAGCGUGUUUUUUUCCCCCGCAUCCUUUGCUCUCUGCGCCUGACUCCACACCCAUUCACUCAUUGAGCGUUACAACCUGCAUCAAGACAAAGCGUGUGGUUAGCCAUUCUAAUCCGAAACACAUUCGUAACGCCACACACUCGGUCGCAAGGGCUCCACCAGAGCCUUCCAGUGUAGCCUAGUUGGGGGACAAUGGCAGAGUGGAAAGCCUACUACCAGAAUGAGGAUGAAUAUGUGGACGGGGAAGAAGGGGAUGAGUUUGAAGUGGACUAUAAGUGCACAGGGCGUGACAGCCUGGUGUUUCUGGUGGAUGCUUCCAAGGAGAUGUUCAUCAGGGGGGAGGAUGGAGAGCCCUCACCAUUUGACAUGACCAUGCAGUGUGUCCGCAGUGUGUAUACCAGUAAGAUUAUCAGCAGUGACAAGGACCUGGUGGCUCUAGUGUUCUAUGGGACGGAACAGAGCAAGAACCCCAGGAACACUUUCAAGCAUGUCUAUGUUUACCAUGACCUGCACUCACCUGGUGCCCGUCGGGUGAAGGAUGUGGACGGGCUGCGUGGGGAUAACGGUGCCCAGGUGGCAGAUGAGACCAUGGGUAGUGGGAAGACCAACCUGGGUGAGGCCCUGUGGUGCUGCUCCAACCUCUACAGCGACGUCAAGUUGCGGCUCUCCUACAAGCGCCUCAUGAUCUUUACCUGCCGAGACACGCCACACAGGGGCGACUGCGAGCAUGACCGCCAAGCCCGCACCAAGGCCGGUGACCUUAAAGAGACUGGUGUGGUGAUAGACCUGAUGCAUCUGAUGAAGCCAGGUGGGCUUGACAUCUCGCUUUUCUUCUGCGACGUGGUGAGCCCCCCCGAGGAUGAGUCUGAGCUGGGCCUGCAGAUGGAGCCUUGUGGGAAACUGGAGGACCUCCGGAAGAGGGUUCGAGCCAAGGAGAUGAAGAAGAGAUCCAUGGCAAGGUUGAAUCUGUGUCUGGGGGAAGGGAUGAACGUGGCGGUGGGUGUGUACAUCACGGUCCGACAGACCAAGAAGCCUAAUGCCAACAAGCUCUACAGAGACAACAACGAGCCGGUCCACACACAGACAGACAGCCUGCUGCUCCCCAGUGACACUAAGAGGGCUCAGGUAACUUGUGUAUGCAGGCAGAUAGUGAUGGAGAAAGAUGAGGUGGAUGUGAUAAAGAAGUUUUCUGACCCGGGUCUGGAGCUGAUUGGGUUCAAGCCCAUGGAGUGUCUCAAACUGCACCACCACCUCAGAUCUGCUCUCUUCAUCUACCCAGAGGAGGAGACGGUCACAGGGAGUGCCUGUGUGUUUACAGCGUUGCUGCGCAGGUGUAGUGAGAGGAACGUGUUCGCUCUGUGUAAAUACACACGGAUCCGUAACUCUUCCCCACGCUUCUUAGCCCUGGUGCCCCAGAGAGAGGAGCUAGAUGAGGGCCAGGCCCAGAUUGAGGCUCCAGGCUUCCAUGGCAUCUUCCUGCCCUACGCGGAUGACAUCCGUAACCUGGACGCUCCUCAGCUCCCCACCGCCUCCGACCUCCAGGUGGACAAGAUGAAGGAGAUAGUACACAAGUUACCCUUCAAAUACAGGAGUGAUGCCUUUGAGAACCCAGUCCUCCAGCAGCACUACAGGAACCUGGAAGCCUUGGCACUAGAUCCCAUGGCCCCGGAACACAUAGAGGAACACAUAGAGGACCACACCGGUAAUACCCAAAUGGUGACCACCAUUUGUCUCAUGCAGCGUGACAGAUCUCCUUUGCAUAGAGUUGAUCAGGCUGUUGAUUGUGGCCUGUGGAAUGUUGUCCCACUCCUCUUCAAUGGCUGUGCGGAGUUGCUAGAUAUUGGUGGGAACUGGAACACUCUGUCGUAGACAACGAUCCAGAGCAUCCCACACAUGUUCAGUGGUUGACAUGUCUGGCGAGUAUGCAGGCCAUACUCAUUGUGGGAUGCUGGAAGAACUAGAACACUUUCAGCUUCCAGGAAUUGUAUACAGAUCCUUGCGACAUGGGGUCGUGCAUUAUCAUGCUGAAACAUGAUGUGAUGGUGGCGGAGGAAUGGCACAACAAUGGGCCUCGGGAUCUUGUCACGGCGUCUCUGUGCGUUCAAUUAAACGCAAUUGAAUUUGUUGUCCGUAGCUUAUGCCUUCCCAUACCAUAACCCCACCGCCACCAUGGGGCACUCUGGUCACAAUGUUGACAUCAGCAAACCUCUCGCCCAAACUACACCAUACUCGCUGUCUGCCAUCUGCCCGGUGAAGAUGAAACCGGAAUUAAUCUGUGAAGAGCACACUUCUCCAGCGUGCCCGUGGCCAUCGAAGGUGAGCAUUUUCCCACUGAAGUCAUUUACAACGCCGAACUGUAGUCAGGUCAGGACAACGAGCAUGCAGAUGAGCUUCCCUGAGAUGGUUUCUGACAGUUUAUGCAGAAAUUCUUCUUGUGCAAACACAGUUUCAUCAGCUGUCCGGGUGGCUGGUUUGAGAUGAUCCUGCAGGUGAAGAAGCCGGAUGUGGAGGUCCUGG